AUGUAAACAUACUUAAGAUUUUUUCGAUUUGCAACUCAAUAAUCUGAUCCAUAUUUAAUAUUGGGAUUAAACAAAAAUGCCACUAUGAAUUAAAUCAAGGAUGCUUAUAUUGGUUUAUGUAAAAAAUGUACUUAUUUAAUAAUACAAUAUUAGAUCAUCCUGAUUUAAAUAAUCAAGAAGAUGCUAGAGAAAAGUUUUCUUAAAUUCAUGAAGCUUAUAAAACUUUGAAAUAAAAGAAAUUUUAUGAAUAGGUUGAUGAAGAGUUUUAGAAGAAUUAUUAGUAAAUUCAAAUUACCAUUAAAAUAGUUAGGCAUAAUCUGAAGAAGAAUGUUUUAAAAUGAUCUUUGGAUUUUAUUUCUAUGAAAAACCUCAAGAAUAUUAUAAACCUGAAAAUGCUUAAAAAAGAGCAGAUUAUCAAGAAUUAUUGCGUAAAUUUAAAAGCCAAUAAUAAAACACUUCAGAAAUGCGUAACAAUGACUUUCACGAUAUUAAGAUUAAUAGAACUUUCAAUUCAGAUUCUAUCUACAGUACUUGAU